AGCACUUACAUGUAUGUAGCUUAUACAUAACAGCAGUGGUUUGUCACAGAUGUAAUAGGGAGAAGACGACAUGAAGAAGGUAUCUACAGGUGCAGUCACUUCAGUUAAGUUUCCAUUAGCAGUACUGUCUGGUUAUCAGUACAAAUUACAGAUCGAAGUCUUUCCCUAGAGUCUCCGAGGUAUCAAUGAAUAAGAGCUGCAAUCAAACCAUCCAACACAUCUGUUUCAGGGUGGAGUUUUAAUGUUUUGAUGUCAGAAUGAAGAGCAGGAUACCUCUCAUUCUUCUAGCUUGUGGCUCCUUUAACCCCAUUACAAACAUGCAUAUGCGUUUAUUUGAGCUGGCGAGAGAUCACCUGCACCAAACAGGAAGGUAUCAGGUGAUUGAAGGCAUAAUGUCUCCUGUUAAUGAUGACUACAGAAAGAAAGGCUUGGUUUCAGCAAGGCACCGGAUAGCAAUGGCUAAACUAGCACUGGAGACAUCUGACUGGAUUCGAGUUGAUCCAUGGGAGAGUGAGCAGGAGACGUGGACAGAGACAGUAAAAGUAUUAAGGCACCAUUACAAUGAAUCACUCAGAUUGCUCCAGUCCAAGAAGGAAUUCAUGAAAAACAAACGGCCCAUAGAAAGAUCUACAGAGGAUUCCCUUUCUUACCAGCACUCAGUUCUACCAGAAUUAAAGCUGCUCUGUGGGGCUGAUUUUCUACAGACAUUUAAGACACCCAAUCUCUGGAAGGAAGAACACAUCAAAGAAAUAGUGGAAAAGUUUGGUUUGGUCUGUAUUAGCCGUGCUGGCUCUGAUCCUGCUCAGUAUAUCAAUGAAUCAGACCUUUUAACUAAAUUUCAGCACAAUAUCUUUCUGGUGAAAGAAUGGAUUCAGAAUGAAAUCAGUGCAACACAGAUACGCUAUGCAUUGUGCAGAGGAUUAAGUGUAAAAUAUCUCGUACCAGAUUCUGUUAUAUCCUACAUUGCACACCAUAAUAUCUACACAGAAGAGAGUGAGCAGAAGAAUGAAGGUGACUUGCUUCAGCCUCUUAAGUUGCAUAACGCAACACUAAACCCACUAAAUGACUGAUGUCUGUAGUGUGUGAAGUGGACAGACCUGGUAUUUUUUCAUGUAACAUUCUUGAGAAAGUUGUUUCUUGUUAAUGAGGGGAAAGUACAUAGUCCAAAAUUUCUUGAAUUCAUGUGGUGUUUUAAGUUCAUGUUUUUGUGUGUGGUAGCACUUAAGCAAAUUGGGAUGCUCAGCUGCAUAGCUUAAAAUGUGUAAAGAACAGCUUCCUUGUGAAAAUAAAAGAAAUCAGAUCUUAACAAUAAAUUUUAAUCUCCAGUAGUACUUAAGGGUCAAACAUAGUACUUUCUUGAAUUGUAAUUCUGUAAUCCUACAGACAGUUUUAGCAUGAAGAUGCCUUACUGUUCUGAAGCAGGAAAAUAAAAGGAACCAUAACUUUUCUUUAUAUAUUUAAAUACAUAUUACUGCUAAACUUUGACUUUUUAGGACCCUGAAUAACUUUUUGUGUUUUGGCAGUUUGGACAAGAGAUGGAAAUAAAUCUUUCUUUCAUGCAAGCACUUAAAAGUGCAUGCACCAUUCAUGUCAUUUUUAAGCCUCUAGAUUCACGAAUGACAGACAGUCCGCAUCCCCAGAUUUAAAGUGGGUUUCUUUGCUUCUCUGAUCCAGAGUCUUCUAUAAGAGUAAGUAAUUGCCAAAGCCCUGGAGUAGAUAACAUAUCCAAGAGGAACUUCAGCUGUACCAUUUGAAAAUACACAGUGGAAAAUAAAUAAAAAUAGCUAAGAGGCUGUCUCAGUAUUUGAGCCCUAAUGUUAGCCAGAAAAAAUCCAUUCUCUUCUAUGUUGGUUGCCUGUUCUGCUGAUUCAGACUCUCAUUUUUGACAGAAGACACCUUCAAAAAAUAUAGAAUCUCUAUAAAGUGCUACUUCUGUGUUUCAAUGUUCCUUAAAUUAACUGAAAGCAUGUAUUCAGUAGUGAUGUAGCAUUUAUCAAUAUACAGAAUUAACCACUGCUUCUUAAUACAAGUUUCCACCUAACCAGCGCUUUUUGAGCGUCAGUUGGCCAAACAGCUUCCACUGGUAGUUCUCUAGAAUUAAGGAGCUUGUGAAACAAGUUAAAGUAAUGCCAGACACAAAUUGCUUUCACUGAAAGAGUCUGUAUGAUCAUUUUCUGAAAAGAAGGCAUAAAGUAGCUGGAACAUGUUCAAGGAAGAAGGAUUCGCCUCAAAAAACACACAGGA